AUGUUUAUUGGUAUUAUCGGUAAUGGCGGCGUUUUGAUUGCAUUUGUGAAAAAUUGUCGACUUCGUUCAGCUCGAAAUAUGUUUUUGCUCAAUUUAAUCAUUACCGAUUUAUUACUUUGUGUUACCGCUAUACCUGUAACACCGUGGUAUGCAUUAACAAAAAACUGGACAUUUGGUGCUUUAAUGUGCCGUGUAAUGCCACUCUCAAAUUCGUGCUCCGUUUUUGUUACCAGCUGGAGUUUAACAGCUAUAGCAAUUGAUAAAUUUGUGCAUAUAAUAGGUCCAAUUCGGCCACCUGUAUCUAUAGGCCAAGCAGGACUGGUUACCGCAUUUAUUUGGAUAGUUAGUACAGUGAUUAAUAUACCUUAUCUUAUGAGCUAUGAACUUGUUGAUGGUGCAUAUUAUGUACCAAAUAAUACCGCACCAUUUUGUGGCCUUUUUUGUGAUGAAAUUAACUGGAACGGUGAAACACCUCGACGUCUCUACGGAUCAGCAGUUGUUCUGUUACAGUUUGUUAUUCCAUUGACAAUCAUAACAUAUUGCUAUUCUCGAAUAUCGGCAAAAGUGGCUCGUGAUAUGAUUAUUCGAAAUGUACAAUUUAGCAAAAGCUUAUCAAUUGCUCAACGUGAAGAGGCAACAAAUCGAAGGAAACGAGUUAAUUAUAUACUUAUCGGUAUGGUAAUUGCAUUUAUCGGUUGUUGGCUUCCUCUUACUGUCGUUAAUGUACUCAAAGAUUUCA